GCGUCAUUCGUGCAAAAUGGCGACGUUGUGACCGCCGUUUUGAGGAAGAAGCGGGACUUCGCGGCGAGUUUACUUUUCGGAAGUUAUCUACAUUGCAGUUAAGCGCACACAGAUUGACCCAGUGUCCCGUCAUCGAGUACCCAACCGCCUGGCGACUUCCAGUGAACGCGAUCACCCUUACGGAACCGCGGCACCAUGUCGGACGAGAAAAAGGAGACGAAAGCGGAGUCGGAGCACAUAAACCUAAAGGUGCUGGGCCAGGACAACGCGGUAGUCCAGUUUAAAAUUAAGAAGCACACACCCCUACGCAAACUGAUGAACGCGUAUUGCGAUCGUGUAGGCUUGGCAAUAGCAGCAGUAAGAUUUAGGUUUGAUGGACAGCCCAUAAACGAAUUAGACACACCUACUACGUUGGAAAUGGAGGAAGGUGAUACAAUAGAGGUGUAUCAACAGCAAACUGGUGGUUUUUCGUGUUGAGACGCAAUGUAUUGCGUUUACAAAUGGACUAAUUGAAAUUUAUCGUUCCAGCAGUGUUUAUUAUUAACAGAAAACAAAUGUAUUUUAUUUUUAUCUUGUAUUUGUUUAUCUUUGCUUCGCUCUGUGCGACCAGGGGACUUCAACCCAUUACAUAAUGUGCAAGAGUCAAUUACUAGUGCAAGUUUAUAAUUUGCAUCUAACUUAAUUUUAUUGGUUUUGUUCUUGCUUUUUCUAUCUAUUGACUGUAUUUAUAAUAAUUUAUGUAUCUAAUAUAUUCUUUGUUUAAAUAACAGCAUAUUAUAUCAUGGGUCGAAGUCCCCAUUUGCCAAAACGGCGAUUACUAUAAGUUUUACAUUCGAGUACAAUCAUACACAUGUGGUUUAGUGUGCGCGAGUUUUCAUUAUCGGAAAAAAAACAAAACAAGUUAUGUAAAGGGAUACCCAUUAAUACCUCUCGCUGUCAGGAUCGAUUAAAAAAAACUUGAUAUUCUUCAUGUACAUGAAUUUUUACGUGAAUUUAUUGUAAUGAUUCCAAAUGCAUUCUCACUUUUAGAUAUAUUCUCUUUCUAUAUUUGUAAAGGGUGUACAGGAGAAUGAUGUGUAGAUUAGAGCGUACAUUUCCAUUGAUGCAUUAGUAAAACUAUCUAUCUGCAAAAGAUUCCGGCUUUCGCCUGUGCUUCAGAAGAUUGAAUUUUGUACCCGUACUAGCAAUUAUGUUUUUAUCUAUAUAUGGCCCGUACGUUACUUUGUACAUGAGCGAGAAUAAAUUGUACGUUAUCUUUUCUAAAAGAAAAAAAAAAAAGAAAACCUUUCCUCUUCUGAUAAGUGGCUCCAUAUACUGCUUUGUUCUUGAUAAAGGCAUGCUGCUCGGUGUAUUUGGCAGAAUACAAAAUGAUUAGUAUUUUUUUUAACAAAAAAAACAACUAUAUAUUUUAUCAGUUAUUUAAGUAUUGCUAAUGUAAUGUAAAGUGUAUCCUGAUACGAUCCAUUGAUUAUAUUCGCUAAAUGUAAGUUUUACAUGAAUGUAAAAUAUACGUAUUUAAAGUGUU